AUGAUGCAAACUUCCCCUCAAGCCUCGUAUGAGCAUGUAUCGCCCUCAAUCUCUGUAUCAUUGUCCACUUCUCCAGAGGUAACAGAGACGCUCAAACAACGUGUUUGCACCACAGCAUUGAAUCCAGUGCAUACCACUUGUGCGGAUCCAAUUUUCUUUCGAUUGGAGAAUGAUAAGGAUCGAACAACACUGACACAAUUGUUGUCUUUACGUGGUGAUUGCCUCGUGCUGGAUAGUAUGCAAUCCCAGCUACGAGAUUUAGUGAAAUUAGAGAAUCCUACUCAAAAACUCACGGAAGAAGAAUAUCAGCAAAAAAUCAAUGACAAGUUAAAUGGAAGAACUAUGGAAGAAUAUGGUGUUUGGGUGUACUAUCCAUGGAAGAAUAUGUUGUGCCACUUGUUGGAUGAAAAAGAAUUCAUACAAGUAAGGACCAUUCGAAAUUUAUACAAGAUUACAAAAGAAGAGCAAGAAUUGUUGCAAACCAAGAAAAUUGGUAUUGUUGGAUUGAGUGCUGGCCAUGCAGUGACUCUCACGCUAGCUAUGGAGAGAGGUUGUGGAGAGUUGAGGCUUGUGGAUUUUGAUCAUUUGGAAUUGACGAAUAUGAAUCGAUUAAGAGCGAGCGUGCAUGAAAUUGGACUUUCAAAGGCUGUCAUUACAAAGAGAGAAAUUGCAGAAAUUGAUCCCUAUUUGAAAGUCACGUUUUUCAAUGAACCUCUUUCCCAUGAAAAUAUUGCCAAGUUCAUUGGAAGUGGAGAGAAUCAAUUGGACUUGAUUGUGGAUGAAUGUGACAAUUUUCCAGUCAAAGUUCUUCUCAGAAAAGAAUGCAGACAGUUAGGCAUUCCUGUAGUAAUGGAGGCUAGUGACAGAGGUCUCUUGGACGUUGAGAGAUUUGACCUCGAUCGAAAUUAUCCAAUUCUUCACGGAAGAGUGAAAGAAGAAUUUCUCGAUUUGAAAGAAUUCACGCCAGAGCAAGCAAAGAAAUUGUUAUUCUCCUUUUUAGACCCAUUAGAAGCAAGUGAGAGAGGACUCGAAUCGUUUUUGGAAAUUGGAAAAUCCAUUACCACAUGGCCUCAACUCGCUAGUGACGUUAUUCUUGGGGGAAGUGUUUGUGCAAUGGCUGCAAGAAUGGUUUUACUGAAUCAUGGCAUCAAAUCUCAACGAACGUAUGUGGACGUGCCCAACAUUAUCAACCCAACAACAUUUAACAUUGUGAAGAAGGGAAUGCUACUCGCGAAAUGUUUCGCAAAAUCUUUAAAAUAA